AUGGUUAGGGAUAACAGAUACCAGGGUUUUAGGCCAUCAAAACAUGUUAUCCCGGGUGGUUAUGGUAAACGUUAUGAACAGUUAUACCAAUUGAAUAAUAUGACCGACUAUUUGGAUAUACGUUUGAAUAGUCAUAGCAGUCAGAUAUAUGUACCGAAACAGUCGUUGAAAACCUAUUAUCCUAAAGGUUUAGUAUUGUUUGGUACUAACUAUACAGUAAUCGGUAGUCUACUGUCCCCUCAGGGCAUUGUCGAAGAUUUUUUGGCUAACUGUUCAACUUAUCAUAGUUUAAGUGACGAUAAGACACAUACUGAAUGUCUGAAUAAUAAUUUAGCAAAACUUGGCGAACAUAUACAUCAAGAGUUGGAAAUGGAUGAAAAUCUAUUGGUGUUUAGUCCGACCGCCAGAUAUCCCAAUAAUUUUCUAAUGUUUUUCCACAUUCGGCAACAUUGGGUCAGUUUUAUGGAGAUUACUAUCAAUCGGUUAAGAUUUGAGUUCAAUAUUUUUGAAAAAGAGACGGACUGUCCGCUACUUAGCGAUACUAACUCACAAAUGUGUAAAACACCUAAAUUUUUUGGACAACUAAGCGACGAUAUGUUGAAACAAUUGGUCACAAUUAUGGACUAUAGGCUUAGCGAUGAUGGAAAUAGUGGCCAUAUAUUAUGGUUUACUAUUGAUGGUCGACCCAUCGAAUGUUUUGCUAAUAUCUCCAAAACAGACAAACCUACCGAUAAUCCGACUACUGGUUCACCGAUAGCUACCGAUACUACUCUUACAUUGUCCGACAUAUCAACUGAAAACAUUGGAUCAGCUAAUCACACGACAACAGCAACAACAUCAACAACAACGGCAACAAACCAUAUUAUGACAACCGAGUAUACCAUUGAAGAUCAACCGACCGACCAUACGGUCAAUAUAAUACUCGGACUGAUUGUCAUUAUAUGUCUGUUCAUUACCGGUGCAAUCAUUAUCGUACUGAUUGUUAUUCAACGUCAUCGACAAACUAGACGUAAACUAUCAAACAAAUUGUCAGCAAACAGGAGGCCAUCAUUUAGGACAUCAUCGGCGGACACAACAUCUGAAUUGCAAUCCAUAACGACAGUCAAUACAGUAAACUCGUCAAACAGUUAA